GUUCUUGCCGCCUUUCGUUCCAUUCUCGCAUCAUCCAUAUCCACCUUCCCAUCGGUUUCCUGCCAAUCCCCUCAUCAUCAUGUCUUGGGCAGGGUUCAAGAAAAAUGUGAAUCGCGCCACGACGCAGGUGAUGAUGAAGACGGGGCAUGUGGAGAGGACCAACGAUCGUGACUAUGAGAUCGAAGAACGACGGUACCGGACGAUGGAGGCGGCUGCCAACCGACUACAAAAGGAAGCGAAGGGCUAUCUCGACUCGCUACGAGCGAUGACGGCCUCGCAGAUGCGCAUUGCUGAGACGAUAGAUGCUUUCUAUGGCGAUGCCGGUACGCGGGACGGCGUGAGCCGGAGUUACAAGCAGGCUGUGGAGGACCUUGAUGCCGAAACGAUCAAGGCCCUGGAUGGCCCAUACAGGACCACGGUGCUAGAACCGAUCUCCCGUUUCUGUGCCUACUUCCCCGAUAUCAACGAGUGCAUCAAGAAACGCAACCACAAGCUACUCGAUUACGAUGCCAUGCGCGCCAAGGUCAAGAAGUUGGUCGAGAAGCCCGACAAGGACGCCACCAAGCUUCCACGAACCGAGCGCGAGACGGAGCUGGCCAAGCAGGCCUAUGAGCAGCUCAAUGAACAACUCUUCACCGAACUCCCGCAACUUAUCGACCUCCGAGUGCCCUACUUGGAUCCUAGUUUCGAGGCCCUGGUCAAAAUCCAAUUGCGAUUCUGCGCGGAGGCAUAUUCUCGGAUGGCCCAGGUCCAGCAGUACCUUGAUGCGGAAACGAGAGAUCAAUACGCGCGGGGCGAUCUGGAUAAUCGGGUGGAAGAAGUCCUGCAGGAGAUUCGGGACUUGAGCAUAGCGGGAACUGUCUAGAGUUUCCCCUUGUAUUUUGUUUGGCCAUGCUUUGCGUACGCUUCAUGUCUGCUACGGCGGUGAUUUGCUUAUUUUGAGGGGGGGGAGAUUCUUGUAGAAUGAUAAUGGAGUGGUGCAAUGAUCCUAAUUCCGGCGGGUACGAGAGGCACUGAUUCAAGGGGUAUCUUAUCUGUCUACUAUUCAAG